GCCAGAUGCCAGUUGCCGAUUCUGUUUCUGUCUGUUCGGCUACAAUCCUACAAGUUCAAGAUAAACUGAAACAACAUUUAAAAGUCGUCUUGAAACUAACUAUUUAAUCUUAAAAUUGUACUUAAAUGAUAAGAAUAAUUAUAUUUUGUAAGAAAAAAACUUGAUUAUAUUUCAAAUUGGAAAUUCUAGGUAUAUUAUGAUCGAUUGUAAUAGAAUGAGUUAACCUAUCAUUCGAUAUCAUCUAACAAUUUUGUAAAUAAUAAUGAUUGUAAAAUUCUGAACAUGCAAUUUUAUAGAUAAUGUGUGUAUUAUCUUGAUUCAUCAGUGAUUUCGAUUGUGACAGUUUUGUAGUUUUGUGUUCACUUUUCAGUUGAAUUAUUUUAUAAUGGAUGAAAAAAUACCUAGAAAAAUAGCAAGUAGGUUUCAUCCAUAUCAUGGAGAUAACAUAGUGAUGUUUGAAGACAAUACUGUUGCAUUCCGUAGAUCAAGCUUUGCCAAUGGCUUGACAUUUAGUGAAAAACCCCUAUUACCUGGUGAAAUAUUUUUAGUUGAAAUAGAAAAGAAUGAACGAGGAUGGAGUGGUUAUAUGAGGUUAGGUUUGACACAACUUGACCCUCAAACAGCCAAGAUUAGUGGACGUAUGCUGCCACAGUAUGCGUUGCCCGAUUUAUCAAAUAUUAGUAUUUCGUGGAUCUAUGCAAUUACCAAAUGUCAAAACAAUGUCUACGAAACCGGUGCAAUUUCCUUGACCUCCAAGGAAGACGUAGAGCCAAAAUAUUUUCUUGGUGAUGACAACAUUGUUCGAACAUCAAGGGGCACCAUACCUAGAAGCGUUCUGAGGCCGUCAUCUAGUGAACCAGCUCAUCAAAUUCUUGCCACUGAUAUAGGAAGCAGAAUUGGAGUUGUUUACAUUCCAAGUGAUAGAUCGUUAAACGAUUUAGCUGAAAUGCAUCUGAUUAUUAAUGGCGAGGAUCAAGGUCCUUGUUUCAAAGACAUUCCAUAUAAAGACAGUCCAUUGUUCGCUGUGGUUGAUGUUUAUGGAACAACCAAACAAGUCAGAAUCAUUCAGUUAUAUGGGGUGGCAUCUCUGCCUGUUCCGAACCUCAUAUCUGCCCAUCUUUUCCUUGGACGGCCUCGGUCUCUCUUGCCUACUAGCUCGUAGUUGAGCACCAAUUUU